AGAAACAAACCAGUUCGAUGACUACUAAUAGUUAUAGCCAGAUGUACUAAUACACAACAAAUCACAGUCCUGCAGAGGGGCGAGCAAAUGAGUUCCUAUUUUGUGAAUCCCACUUUCCCCGGGAGCCUUCCCAGCGGCCAGGACUCCUUCUUGGGCCAGCUGCCCCUCUACCAGGCUGGCUAUGACGCGCUGAGGCCCUUCCCGGCCUCGUAUGGGGCGUCGAGUCUCCCGGACAAGACGUACACCUCACCUUGUUUCUACCAACAGUCCAACUCGGUCCUGGCCUGCAACCGGGCGUCCUACGAGUACGGGGCCUCGUGUUUUUAUUCUGAUAAGGACCUCAGUGGCGCCUCGCCCUCGGGCAGUGGCAAGCAGAGGGGCCCCGGGGACUACCUGCACUUUUCUCCCGAUCAGCAGUACAAACCCGACAGCAGCAGCGGGCAGGGCAAAGCACUCCAUGACGAAGGCGCCGACCGGAAGUACACGAGCCCGGUUUACCCUUGGAUGCAGCGGAUGAACUCCUGCGCGGGUGCUGUGUACGGGAGCCAUGGGCGCCGAGGCCGCCAGACCUACACGCGCUACCAGACACUGGAGCUGGAGAAGGAGUUCCACUUCAACCGCUACCUGACACGGCGCCGCCGCAUCGAGAUCGCCAACGCGCUCUGCCUCACCGAGCGCCAGAUCAAGAUCUGGUUCCAGAACCGCCGCAUGAAGUGGAAAAAGGAAAACAAGCUCAUCAAUUCCACGCAGCCCAGCGGGGAGGACUCAGAGGCAAAGGCGGGCGAGUAGACCCCUGGGCAGGGACCAGGCCAGCGCUGCAACCUCUUUCGGCUUUGCCCCCUUGCCCUCGCCUGCUCCCCAACUUUUCUCCCUGCCUGCUCCCAUCUGGGGGCUUCCUCAGCUUCAGGGGAGCCCAAAGCUUUGCAAGCGUCUGUGCAUUUAUUUCUUAAAAAACAAAGCAAAACCUCACACACAGCCAAUACCAGCGGUGGAGCGGGGCGCACUGCACACACCCAGUACCUCUCCACAAGGAUGCCCAAACUGGCUCUAGAGUUCUGGGGUGCGCCCUGAAUGCGUCCGGGGCUCCUGUGCUAGUGCCUCUGAGCUCCCCGACCUCGGGACGCGGGGCUGCUGGGGAGGAAAGAGCC